UAAAUAAGUCUACAUUUUAUCAAAACUAUAUCCAAAAAUAUGGUACUCAAAUUCCCAAUUUUUCUAUUCGUUUCAUCUGAACAUCAACUCAACGCUGUCCGAAUCUGAACCGAAAAGACUGUAGUAUUAAGUGACGAAUGUGUACAUACACAAUCAAAGAUAAUCUUAAGCUAUUUUUGGCUUUUUCUGUCUAAUAUGCGUUACGAUUCUCUUCACAUUAUGCUAUAUGCACCUUGAUUCCAUCUAUUUUGCAGAAUAAACGCCAAAUAAAAAGGAGCAGUGACUUACAGCUUGCUUGCUAAAAUAUCAUAAUCAAACACGAUCAGGGCAUCGAUGGUAUUGGCUGUUCCUCUCGAUGGGACCGAGACCAAUAGGCUUUGUCGAAAAUUGUGACUAUCAACAACGAUUUCACCAUUCAUGCUCUAUUGCUCAAAUAACACGUUUUCCACAGUGAUUUUCAUUCUUAUUCAACCUAACAAACAGUCGGUGAAAAAUGUCAGUCUUGUUAGAAACCUCCUUAGGCGACAUCGUCAUUGAUCUGUUCACAGAGGAAUGUCCCAAGACAACACUCAACUUUCUAAAACUCUGUAAAAUAAAAUAUUACAAUUUUGCACCCUUUUUUAACGUUCAAAAAGACUUUAUGGCACAGACCGGUGAUCCUACCGGUAAAGGCGAUCAAGGUGAAUCCAUCUAUGGCAUUCUGAGCGGCGAUCCUGCAAAGCGUUACUUUCCUGCAGAAGUCAAUCCUAAACUAAAACACGAUAAACGCGGUAGAGUGUCGAUGGCCGUGGCUCAAGACGCAACAAUCGAAAGUGGAGGUGUCAGUGGCAGUCAAUUUUUCAUAACAUUAGGUGAUGAUUUGGACUAUUUAGAUGGUAAAUAUACAUUAUUUGGGGAGGUAGCCGAGGGUUUUGAAGUACUGGACAAGAUCAAUGACGCCUUUUGUGAUGAAAAGGGGCGGCCAUUCCGUGAUAUACGUAUCAAGCAUACAGUGAUUUUAGACGACCCAUUUCCUGAUCCUGAAGGCUUGCAGGUUCCAGACGCAUCACCGCUACCUACCAAAGAGCAACUGGAAUCGAUGAGGAUUGCUGAUGAUGAGGCUAUUGAAGAUAUGGGUGACCCAGAAGAACUAGAAGAGAAAGCUAGAGAGAAAGAAGCAAAAGCCCAUGCGCUUACAUUAGAAAUGAUCGGUGAUUUACCAUUUGCUGAAGUCAAACCGCCAGAAAACGUUCUAUUUGUGUGUAAGUUGAACCCAGUGACGAGAGACGAAGAUCUAGAAAUGAUUUUCUCUCGAUUUGGACCUAUACAUAGUUGUGAGAUCAUACGUGAUCGACAAACGGGCGACUCUUUGAGCUAUGCUUUCAUUGAAUUCGAAAACAAAGAAGAUGCGGAAGAGGCGUAUUUCAAGAUGCAAUCUGUUUUAAUUGAUGAUCGCCGUAUUCAUGUUGAUUUCUCACAGUCUGUGUCAAAAUUACAUAAAGAUUGGAUCGCUAAACGUACAAGAGGAAAUGCCGAGACAAUGGGUGGAUUUGAAAACUUGAAAAAGAGAACACGUUACAGAGAAGAAGAGGAACAUACCCGUGGAGAUGAUUAUGACUUGGUGUUUGACACAAGUAGAAAUAAGGAUACCAAAAGGUCAAAAACGUCCAUUGAUCAUCGAGCUUAUCGUAGUAGUAGAGGAGAAGAUGAUCGACGAAAGGAACGUAAUAGUAAUAGUAGCAGAAUGGAUGGCAGAGGAGACUAUAACCGCCAACGGGAUAGAGAUUAUAAUAGUACUAAAGAACGUAGUAUAGAGCGUAGUAGAGAACGUAGUAGGGAUCGAAGAAGGGAUUACCGAAGACGAGACGACGAACGCAGAAGAUGAUAUUAAGGAUGGCAUGAAUUUAAUCAUUUUUUUUUCUUCAAUCAAAAAUGAAAACUGUACAUAGUAUGAUAAUCCUGAAAUAAAUAAUGGGCAAAAGAGCACU